GCAGCCCAUCCCUGUCAGCCCUCGUCCCAGAAAUAAAGAGCAGCCCCUCCUCCUGCUUCAUAACUUCUUCCAACUGUGCGGAGGGCUGCACUCCGGCCAGUGGGCCCGGCGCGUCUCCGGACUGGGGCUCCAGCAACUCGGGGAUUACGCAGGCGAACCCGCACGCCGUCCGGGGGGGAUGCUCGGAAGGACGGCUGGUGAGGGCUGGACCUUUGCGGGACGGAGGAAUUUGAAGGCAUCGGAUGAUUGUAUCCUUCCUGUGCCCGGGGGGAAAUCCAAAAUGUGAAGGCUUCACACAGACCCAUCGACGUUCGGUUUCUGCAGUCGCUCUGGUGACCUGAGAGGAGAGUCUGUCCUAGGAAGAUGAGAGUGUCAUGUGCCAGCAUCCUUACACUAGCAGUCCUCUUGGCACAGCCGCCAGGCUCGGCUCCGCAUGAAGUGUGUGCGACCGCAGAGUUGGCCGACAUCUUGUUUCUGGUGGGCGAGUCCUGGAGCGUGGGCGAAGAGAACUUCCGGCUGAUCAAAGACUUCAUCUACAGCGUGGUCCUCUCCUUCGAGAACGUCGUCAUGGGCAAAGAGGGUGUCCGUCUGGGAGUGACGCUCUACGCGGAGAAGCCAAGGACGAGUAUCGAACUGACGGACUAUGUCACCAUCGAGGAGGUGCUGGGUGCGGUCCGGGAACUCUCGUUUCAAGGGGGCAGGGCCAAACCAGGGCGUGCGCUGGCGUUUGUGGCCCAGGAGGUCUUCGGUCCCGCAGCAGCGAGAGGAGAUGCGGCAAAGGUCGUUGUAUUGAUCACAGACGGGCAAUCAGCUGAUUCAGUGGAAGACGCUGCCGUGGUGCUACAGGACAGAGGAGUCACAGUGUUUGCUGUCGGCAUUCAGAAUGCCAAUAGGAAGGAGCUGCGGAGAAUAGCUUCCAAGCCCGUCGAGGAGCACAUGCUCUAUGCUGAAGAUUUCCACCAACUGGCUCACUUGUCCCCUAAACUCUCCCGAAGGCUCUGCAUCACGGCCUCCGAGCCUCCACAGCCCACCAAGCAAGCUGUGAGCGCGGAGAAGAUCAUCGGACCCCGGGAUUUACUUGUCAGCGAACAACGCUACAGCUCUUUGAGGCUGACGUGGACUCCAGCCACGGGGAAGGUGACGGAAUACCACGUCCUCCUGAAUUCACUUUCCGCUACGGGGCAGCCCAUUUCUGAGGACCAGCAGCAGAUCGUUGUGGAUGGCAAGGAAAGCAGCGUGCUAGUGCCAGAUCUGCAGCCCGACACCAACUAUUUCUUCACGGUCCUGGCCGUCUACGCAGACACCCGUGGAGAGUCGGCGACUGUCACGGGCAAGACGACGCCCAUACCUCCAGUGACCAAUUUCCGGGUCAUAGAAGAAGGACUCCUUAGCCUCAAGGUAGCCUGGACCCCUCCGCUCGGGAAGCUAGAAGGCUACAAGAUCUACAUCCCCAGAGCAGACAGGCCCGGCGUGACCUAUGAGCAGAUCCUGCCAGGCGAGGUCACGUCCCACGUGCUUGGCAACUUGCAGGAGGAUAAAGAAUAUACCGUCAGUAUCUAUGCGGUGUACCGCCAGGGCCCGAGCCAGCCAGUGUCCGCUACGGGGAGAACAUUGAAGCUUCUGCCAGUGAAAAGCCUCCUGCUGCAGAAUGAAACGACGGACACCAUCCAGGCCAGGUGGACCCCGGUCAGGGGAGCAUCAGGUUACAGGCUGACCUGGGUGCCCGCAGAGGGCGGCGUUCAGACGGUGAACCUGGACGACACGUGUACCCACUACAUGAUCCCGGGGCUGCAGCCUGGCCUGGAAUACACCGUCACCGUCAACCCCAUCUUUGGGGACGUGGAGGGGCCUGCUGUAAGUGGGGAGCCUUCCUACAGCUAUUGCAGCCCCCUAACCCGUUCCGCUUACCCACGCUGCUCGGCUUUCUUUCUCAAAGUGGCCUCCAGCGCUGUGCAGACCCUGACAGUGACCGACGUAACGACCAACUCCGCCCGGCUCUCCUGGGACUCAGUUGCUGGGGCCACUGGGUACAGAGUGGUUUGGGGCCCCACGCCAGAAUUCUUCAGCAAGGACCGACCGCGGCAGCUGGUUCUGAACAGCUCCACCACAGCCUACCAGCUCCAGAACCUAGCCCAUGACAGCGAGUACGUGAUUUCCCUCUAUGUGCAAUUUGGCUCAGCGGAGGGGCCUGGGAUCACCGCCUCAGCCAAGACGUCGCCGCUUGGCUACGUGUCCAAUUUCAGAGUCACUUCCUACACGAGCACAUCCAUCUCUCUGGCGUGGAGCGCCAACCCUGCAGCUGCCGGAUACCGAAUCUCCUGGAGACCCGGGGGAACGGGAAGAGGAGUCGCCAAGAGCCAGUAUGUGAGCCGCAGCGAGCUUACUUAUCACAUUGACCAUUUGCUGCCUAAUACCCACUAUGCACUUGGAGUUCGCGUUGUAUUCAGCACGUCCGAGGGACCAGAAACGACCCUUGCUCAACGCACAGCCUCGCUCGCGGGCUCACGCCCCAUCCAGACCGUCCAGGAUUUGCGCAUCGUUGACAUUGGAGUAAACAGCUUGAAGGUCUCCUGGAAAAGGACCCCGGGGGUCACGCACUAUAAGAUAGCCUGGGCCCCGAUCAGCGGUGGCUUGGAGGCCUCACACAUCGUCCCAGCAGAGAUCAUAUUUUUCACCAUUACUAAGCUGCAGCACAACACUACGUACACUGUCCGUGUGUCUUCGAUGAUCCAGGAACGGGAGGGAAGCCCGGUGCUUCUCACUGCUAAAACAUUGGGCCUGCCCAAAGUGGCUCAGUUUGCAGUUCAGGAGCACACAGAAGGCAGCGUUUUGCUGAGCUGGACGGGCGUUCAUGGGGCAUCAGCAUAUUUAUUAACAUGGCGCCUCACCUCAGCACCUGAGCUUUCCACUGAACUGCUGGGAGCAGCCUCGCGAUCGUAUCGAGUUACAGACCUGAAGCCGAGAGCGGUGUACUCGUUUUCAGUACGGCCGCUCUUUGGAGAGCUGGAGGGGCCAGAGGCUGUGCUCAUGGAGGAGAUAGUGGGGUCUCCAGGGAAUCCUUCCCCUCCUGUUCCUGCUGUUCCUUCUUUACCGCCUGCCACUACGGGACCCCUGUCCAUAGGUCCUAGGAGCACAAGGGCCUCUCCUCUUCCAACGGCCACCCCCGUGACGUUGGGAACAACGCCGGCAACCACGCAUCGCCACCGUUGACUACUCCGCCUGGGCCAAUUUGUGGCAAGCUCCAAGCGGAUAUCGCGUUCCUGGUGGACGAGUCCUCGAGCAUUGGCCAGAGCAAUUUCAAUAAAGUGAAGGACUUCCUCUUCCGGAUCGUCUCCUAUUUCCCCAGGAUUGGGCCCGAAGGGACACAGGUCGCUGUAGCUCAGUACAGCGAAGAUCCCCGGACUGAAUUCCACUUUAACCAGUACAAGGAUCGAAAUGGAGUUCUCAACGCCCUCAAGGAGCUGCAGUACAAGGGAGGCAAUACGAAGACAG